CUCAAAAUGAUUUGUAGUGCCUGUCGGGAAGGCCUUCCAUUUCCGCUCGCCACAUCUUUGGACUUCCCCCGUUUUCUCGCGCGUCAUCGCUUGCCCAUGUGUUAGCGGAAGCAUUGUUGCGUUUUGUUUUGUUCCCUCUUGUGAAAUGGCCAAACAUUUAGGGCAAAAGUAAAGGAGCGAAGUGUACAUAUACACAUAUGCAUGGCGUCAUUUCUGUUCUCCACCAACUGGAUCAACGUGCUUCUUUCGUUAAAAGUUCUCCGCGCCACUUUUUCGGGGGUUGGCAUUAAAGCGCUCCCCGGACAUGCUCCGUUCCGACCACCGUCAGGGCGACCCACAUAUGCGCAAGCAAAUGAGCCCAUUGGGGCGACCGUGAGGAUUCCCAUACAAGUGAACGCGCCACGCCAACCGUGUGCAGCAUGCAAACCGCCAAGGGAGAAGAAACAGAAAAACAACAAAAAAAUGAUAAAACUAAGCGGCAUAUAUUCCUACUGGCAUUACAAAGCUUGGCAACGCGCUACGGCUGGAUAUUUGAGGACAUUUAUUAAAAACAAUUUAGCGAACAACGAAAUGGUCGGUUACGUCAUUAACGACAAGCAUCCCAAGAGCAUACGAGUUGCAUGCGACAGGUACAUGUACGUCGUUCGGUACAAAAAAACCUUCAGGUACACCAAAAAAAUUUGGGCCCAUGACGAAAAGAGCGAAGCAAAGAUCGGAGACAUUGUCCGCAUCCAGCCACUGGGGUAUCGCAUAGGCCCCUGGAAAAAUUACAUCCUCGUCAAAAUUUUGUACAAGGAAAAUAAGGAGUGACCCGAUCAUUCUUUGGCACGUUUCACAGAAACAAAUUCAAGUUGUAGCUGGACUGCCGAUUUUCAGCCUGGACCUGGUG